AUGGAUAUAACACACCUAUUUAAGGCCGGUGUCAUGACCGUCAAGCUACAACGUAAAGGUGAAUUGGAAGCCCACAAGAGAAUACUGCCACAAAAGGCCACAACAAAUGUCAAUGGUCAGCGGGAUGAAUUCUCCAAACAGGCCAAGGAUGUGUGCAAUAAAAUCACAACACUACGUAAUGUUCUAAUCGAGAAUCGUUCAGCCUAUAUGCGUAUAGGACAACAUCUGAAAAGUGCCGUCCAGAUGACGGAUGAACAGAGAGAUUUAAUCGAUAGGGAAUCGGAGAAAUUUGUAACAUUCUAUACACAGUAUUUAGGGCAAAUGCGUAACGAUUGGAAAAAGGCAAAACGAAAACCGCAACAGAAGGAACACAUGGAGGCAGUGCUGGAUUUGCUGACAGCCUAUUUGAAGUCUGUGCAACAAAUCUAUUUGGAACAGAAGAAAUAUCGCGUCCAGCAUGAACUGGAAACAUAUCGUCUCUUGAAAUUGGCAUCGGACAAAAAGAAAAUACCAGUUCGGCCGGCUGGUGAACAAAGGUCAAGGAAAACCUCAACCGUUUCAUCUACCUCGAGUAAAGAUUUACAAUGGGAUACGACGACGACGACGGGAAGAACAGAGCAAAUUUCGGACACAGAUGUUGUUAGUGGUGGUGGCGAUGGCUGGGAUCUUGAUGAGGAUGAUAUAACUGUACCUACAUCCUCUUCGUCUGGCAAUAAAUCCCACGAUAAUUCCAAUUUAAGCAACAGCUCAUUUUCGGCUGAUACUAAAGCCCAAGUGGCCUUAGAUGAGGACAUACAAAAGUCGGAACAAAAUGUUGAAGAUGCUGCCAAAAGUCUUAGCCCAGAAGAUAUACAAAUGUUUGAGGAGGAAAAUCUGCAAUUGUAUCAUGAAUUGCAGGGCUUAUCGGAAGAGGUGGAGGCCAUUGAGAAGAAUGUGGUCGAUAUUGCAACAUUACAGGAUAUAUUUACAGAAAAGGUCACCUUACAACAACACAAUAUUGAACGCAUCAUCAAUGCUGUCAUUGGUAGCACAGAAAAUGUCAAAGAUGCCAAUGAACAAAUCAAACAAGCCAUACAACGCAAUGCUGGCCUACGCGUUUGGUCUUUAUUCUUCCUUUUGGUUAUGUCAUUAUCUUUAUUAUUCCUCGAUUGGUAUUAUGAUUAG